AUGUUUGUGUCUACUCAUUAUUAUAUUACUGAGCAGCAGCAUGUGCUUGCUAGCAGCCAUCGCCGAGGCAAGAACAAGGGUCCAGUGGAUGGCGAAAUCUUGGCUGCUUUCCACCAACCAAAAUAUCAAGCCAAGAACAACACGAUUACAGUCUUCACCCUCGACAAAAACAUGGCCAAAACAGCCAAGCCUAAAAAACGGGACAUCUCCCUCCACUCCCGUGCAGCCCGUCGCGGCGCCUCCCCACCCUCCAAAGACCUCCUGGUCAAGAAAUCCUCCGGCUCAGCAGAAGCAGGCGGCAAAAAGGAAGAAUCAGACUACAAACCCUGGCUCCACAGUACCCAAACCGGCGGCAUCAGUAAGAGUAAGAAUAAGAAAGCCAAGCAGCUCACGCGACAGCAGAAAGUCCGGGCGCAGAAAGCGUUGGAGAAGGCGGAUGCUGUCGCUGGGAAGCAUGAGACGAAGGUGAGGGAUAGUAAGGCGAGGUCGAAGAGGGUGCAGAAUCGGGCUAAGAUGUGGGAGGAAUUGAAUGCGAAUGCUGGGGUUGGGGGGGUGGCUGGGGAGGGGGGGAAGAAGGUGCAGGGGAAGGGGAAUGGGAAUGGUGGUGGGGUUGGGGAGGAGGUGUGGGAGGAUGUUGAGGAGGAUGGUGAUGUUGGUGAGGGUGGUGAGGAGCGUGUUAUGGACGUUGAGACGGAGGAUGUGGAGGCGCUGGGAGUUGCGGAUGGUGGUGCUGAGCAGACGUCUACUGGUGCCGACGCCGAGGACGAGGAUAUCGAUGAAGUGACUUGA